AUGGCUUCUUUCUUCGACAACAAAGCCAGGGCUGCCCUUGCAUCAGGGUCAAAGGCGAAGCCCACGGAAGCCGCCAAACCACCACAGGCUCAGCCUUGGACCGAGAAAUAUCGCCCAAAGACGCUAGAUGCAGUAUCGUCCCAAGAUUCGACCACUACGAUCCUGAAACGCAUGGUCAACGCCUCGAAUCUUCCCCAUCUCCUCCUCUACGGUCCCCCCGGCACGGGCAAAACUACCAGCGUUCUUGCACUGUGCCGGGAGUUGUUCGGGCCAGAGCUAUUUGCCAGCAGGGUUCUAGAAUUGAAUGCGUCUGAUGACCGGGGAAUUUCGGUUGUGCGCGAACGAAUCAAGACCUUUGCGGCCUUGCAUCUUGUUAAUGCCCCUGCGUCAAAGGAAUACAGGGAGAAAUACCCUUGUCCUCCAUUCAAGGUGAUCAUCCUCGAUGAAGCCGAUCAGCUUUCACAGGAUGCCCAGGGAGCACUUCGUCGAGUGAUGGAGGUCAAUUCAAAGAUCACACGAUUUUGCCUGUGUUGCAAUUAUGUCAGCAGAAUCAUUGAACCAGUGGCAUCCAGAUGUUCAAAAUUCCGUUUCAAGGCUCUCGAGGACAAUCAAGCCAAGGAUAGACUGGUCCAUAUUCUAAAGUCGGAGGGUGUCAACUAUGACAAUGGAGUAGUGGAGCGAUCUCUCAAAGUUGCUGAUGGAGAUCUUCGGAGGGCGAUCAAUCUACUACAGAGUGCCGCUCGGCUUGUGGGCACAACUCCAGCGACCGCGCAACCCAUCAAGAAGACGAAGACCAUCCCUGACGACUCCGACGAAGAGAUGGAAGAUGCUGACAGUGCCUCCGCGCCCAAAACCAGGAGCAUCAAAGUUUCCGAUAUCGAUGAAAUCAGCGGGGUCUUCCCUGUCGAAUCAACUGACCGAUUAUUUUCUAUAAUCCAGAAAGGCAACACAAGCAAUUACAAAGCCAUCGCAGCGGAGGUCACUGACAUCACAGCGUCAGGGUAUGCUGCUAAUGAGGUGGUUCUCAGUCUAUACUCCAAAAUUCUCUACGAUGAACUCAUCAAGACUGAGAAGAAGUAUAAGCUGGCACAGAUCUUCUCCGACUUUGACCGCAGGCUCAUUGAUGGUGUGGACGAGCAUCUGUGUUUGUUGGAUUUGUCCUGUCAAGUGGCCGGCAUUCUGGAGGCAAAAUGAACGGUGACUGGACGAUCAUAGAAUUAAAUCACACUAAGUCACGCCAAUGCUAUCUGUGGGUCAUACCAGAGUCCUCUGACAGGCAAUCCAGAUGGCAUCUAUGUCGCACUCACACAUUCGCCCACCGCGGGACUGGAAUGCACAUAUAGGGAUAGCGCAGAGCGUUGGUUCCGGUGAACCCCACUGACAGUCCCCGACAUGAACGCAUCUUUGGUGUCCGCAGGUGUCGAGCUUCACAUGAAUAACCGCCAACACAGGAUACUGAGAGAGUUGCGACAACGCAACGUCGGGUCAAUUUGAACAUCUGAAGGAGCAGCAAAGUGCUGUUCUGAAGUAGCUUCCUCAUUGUCAGAGUGAGCUGAAUUGGCACUCGACUAAAGGGUGGCAUCUCAGCGAGCACAGAAGAAGAUGAAUUUGCUCAAGUAGAUUGUCCUGCAUUAACGUCGCAGCAGAACACCAGCACAGGCGGUGCGCAGGCUCAAAGUCCAGCGGGAUUGCUUACAAAAAAGGUACUAACAAG